AUGGCUUCUUCGGUGCUUCCUGCGUGGUCGUCGAUCAUGGUCCUGGUGGUGUUGACCGCAGGCGUCCGGCCGCCGCCGUGCUGCCGCGCCGAGUUCACGGUGGUGGUGCCGGACACGUCGGCAGCGGCGCUGGUGGACGCGCCGCAGCCGGGGUUCUCGGACCGGGCGCGCAUCGACCCGGCGGAGCAGCGCGCCGUGCAGGAGGUGAUGGCGGCCACGGGCAACGGCUGGGCGUGGGGCAUCCCGGACGUGUGCCGGGGCCGCUGGCACGGCAUCGAGUGCGUGCCCGACCGCCACGACGUCUACCACGUCGUGUCGCUGGCCUUCGGCGCGCUCUCCGACGACACGGCCUUCCCGGCCUGCGACGCGGCGACCGCCACGCUCUCCCCCGCCGUGCUCGCGCUCCCGCACCUCCGCUCCCUCUUCUUCUACCGCUGCUUCACGGGCAACCCGCAGCCGAUCGCGGCCCUGCUCGGCAGCCUCGGCCCCGCGUCGUUCCGCUCCCUCGUGCUCCGCCAGAACGGCCACGUCGGCCCCAUCCCGGCGGAGCUCGGGAACCUCAGGGCGCUACGCGUGCUCGACCUCCACGGCAACCAGCUCACCGCCGCCAUCCCGCCCACCCUCCAGUCCCUGACCCACCUCCGGAUGCUCGACCUCAGCUACAACCGUCUCGCCGGCCCGGUGCCGCGCUUCGACUUCCAGCGGCUCAGCAUCCUGGACCUCAGCCACAACGCGCUCCAGGGAGGCGUGCCGUGGAGCCUCGGCCAGUGCCGCUCUCUGCUCAAGAUCGACCUCAGCCAGAACCGCCUCACCGGCACGAUCCCCGGCGCGCUCGGCGAGCUGUCCGAACUUAUGCUGCUGGACCUCAGCCAUAACGCGCUGUCCGGCCCGAUCCCGGCCGCGCUCAGCCGGCUGGCGUCGCUGCGGUCCCUGAUCCUCAGCGACAACCGGAUGCAGUUCUCGACGGUGCCCGACGGCUUCUUCACUGGGCUCAAGGCGCUGACCACGCUGGUGCUCUCCGGAAUGGGCUUGGCCGGGACGAUCCCGGAGUCCAUCGGGGAGCUGGGCGAGCUUCGGGUGCUGCGGCUCGACAAUAACCAGUUCACCGGCGUAAUACCGCCGAGCUUCCGGCGGCUGGAGAGGGCGAGCGAGCUCCGCGUCGACGGCAACCGGCUGGUGGGCCCGAUACCGUUCGGCAAGGAGAUGAUGUGGAGGCUGGGCAAGAAGCUGCGCGUCGGCGGCAACGAGGGGCUGUGCUAUGACACCAAGCAAGAAGGCCUCGAGGGCGUCGUUGCGCUCGCCGGCGUCGCGGACUGUGACAGCGUCAGGAGUCGCACGACGCAGCACUUGGUCUGGAGCAAUAGUACUGUAGUUAGCCGCCGCGGCGGUGUGGCCACCGUGACCUCAUCAGCUGCUUCCGUCAGCCGUAACACCGGUGGUACUCGUGUGGAAACUACUUGGCUUGUGUUCGUAUGUCUGCACCUUGCAUGGUUUGUAGCGUUGGAGUUGCAAUUGUAA